AUGUAUAUUUGUGGCGUUUACCUAUGGGGUGAAGACUCACCUGCCUACAAUACAGUGAAUGUGGACCUUUUUGAGUGCCUUGAAAAUGAUGUUAGUCUCUAUGAAACUCUAGGCUCAGUGUAUUUAGCUGGAGAUUUUAACAGCAGAGUUGGUGUUAAACAUGAUUUCAUUAUUUACGAUGGCAUAAAUCAGGCAUUUGAUGAUGACUCUUAUGUUCCCGACAAUUACAUGGACCGGGCCUCUUUAGAUAAGACUUAUAAUAACUACGGAGUCAAAUUAAUUGACCUGUGUCGGUCUAGUAAUCUUCGCUUAGUCAACGGGAGAUUAGAUAGUUAUUCUGUAAGUGAUGCAGACUGGUUUGAUGCUGAUUGUAGGUCAUUGAAAAGAGCAUACUUAGACGCACUGAGUGCUUUUAAUAGUUGUAAAAAUUUAGCCAGUAGGCAAUAUUUUUGUCGGUGUAAAAAAGAAUAUAAAGAUUUUAUUCGUAGAAAAAAGAAAGCUUAUAUUAAAAUGAAAUACUCUGAAAUUGAACGAUUACGGUUUUGUAAUCCUAAGCAAUUCUGGAAACAUUUUAAGAAAAAGAAGUCUGCCGUUACAAAAGACAACAUAUCUGUAGAUGAAUUUAGUAAAUAUUUCGAAAAUUUGUCAAACAAUGUAUUUCAGUCACAAAAUGAUGAAUGUAAAUCUUUCUGUAAUGAACAUGAUUUUAAUUCUACUGACUGUAGUUAUGAGGAAUUAAAUGUCCCCAUUACGCUUGAAGAAAUACAGAAGGCUGUAAAGUCACUAAAGUCAAACAAAGCUGCAGGCUCUAUUUUGUCAUACUGUUCUGAAGUAUGGGGCCACAAUACGUCAAAAGAUAUUGAGCGUGUACAUAUGAAAUUUUGUAAAAGGAUCUUAAACGUUAGAAGUAGCACGUGUAAUUCAAGUGUUUAUGGUGAGUUAGGUAGGCAUCCUCUGUAUAUUAAUAGUACUACAACGGCAGCACCAACAACAAGUACUACAACAGCUGCUCCAACAACAAGCACUACAACAGCUGCUCCUACCACAAGUACUACAACGGCAGCUCCAACCACAAGUACUACAACAGCUGCUCCUACCACAAGUACUACAACAGCUGCUCCUACCACAAGUACUACAACGGCAGCUCCAACCACAAGUACUACAACAGCUGCUCCAACUACAAGUACUACAACAGCUGCUCCAACUACAAGUAUUACAACAGAUCCUCCUACCACAAGUACUACAACGGUAGCACAAACCACAAGUACUACAACAGCUACUCCAACUACAAGUACUACAACAGCUGCAUUUACCACAACUCUAACCACAAGUACUACAACGGCUGCUCCUACCACAAGUACUACAACAGCAGCAACAACCACAAGUACUACAACAGCUGCUCCUACCACAAGUACUACAACAGCUGCUUCUACCACAAGAACGACAGCGGUAGCACCAACCAUAAGUACUACAACAGCUCCUCCUACCACAAGUACUACAACGGCAGAUCCAACCACAAGUACAACAAUAUCUGCUCCUACCACAAAUACUUCAACGGAAGCACCAACCACAAGUACUACAACAGCUCUUCCUACCACAAGUACUACAACAGAUGCUCCAACUACUAGCACUGCAACGGCAGCACCAACCACAAGUACUAUAACAGCUGCUCCUACCACAAGUACCACAACAGCAGCUCGAACUAUAAGCACUACAACGACAGCACCAACCACAAGUACUACAACAGCUCUUCUUACCUCAACACCAACCACAAGUACAACAACGGCAGAUCCAACCACAAGUACUACAACAGGUGCUCCUACCACAAGUACUGCAACAGCUGCUCCUAUCGCAAGUACUACAACAGCUGCUCCUACAACAAGUACAACAACAACUGCUCCUACAACAAGUACUACAACGGCAGCACCAACCACAAGUACUACAACAGCUGCUCCAACUACAAGCACUACAACAGCAACUACAAGUACUACAACAGCAGCACCAACCGCAAGUACUACAACAGCUGCUCCUACCACAAGUACUACAACAGCUGCUUCUACCACAAGUUCUACAACGGUAGCACCAACCACAAGUACUACAACAGCUCCUCUUACCACAAGUACUACAACAGCUGCUCCUACCACAAGUACUACAACAGCUGCUCCAACCACAAGUACUACAACAGCUGCUCCUACCACAAGUACUACAACGGCAGCACCAACCACAAGUACUACAACAGCUGCUCCAACUACAAGCACUACAACAGCUGCUCUUACCACGAGUACUACAACAGCUGUUUUUACCACAAGUACUACAACAGAUUCUCCUACCACAACACCAACCACAAGUACAACAACGGCAGCUCCAACCACAAGUACUACAACAGCUGCUCCUACAACAAGUACUGCAACAGCUGCUCCUACAACAAGUACUACAACGGCAGCACCAACCACAAGUACUACAACAGCUGCUCCAACUACAAGCACUACAACAGAUCCUCCUACCACAAGUACUACAACGGUAGCACCAACAACAAGUACUACAACAGCUGCUCCAACUACAACACCAACAACAAGUACUACAACAGAAGCUCCAACCACAAGUACUACAACGGCUGCUCCUACCACAAGUACUACAACAGCAGCACCAACAACAAGUACUACAACAGCUGCUCCUACCACAAGUACUACAAUAGCUGCUUCUACCACAAGUUCUACAACGGUAGCACCAACCACAAUUACUACAACAGCUCCUCUUACCACAAGUACUACAACAGCUGCUCCUAACACAAGUACUACAACGGCAGCUCCAACCACAAGUACUGCAACAGCUGCUCCUAUCGCAAGUACUACAACAGCUGCUCCUACCACAAGUACAACAACGGCGGCACCAACAACAAGUACUACAACACCUGCUCCAACUACAAGCACUACAACAGCUGCUCCUACCACAACACCAACCACAAGUACAACAACGGCAGCUCCAACCACAAGUACUACAACAGGUGCUCCUACCACAAGUACUGCAACAGCUGCUCCUAUCGCAAGUACUACAACAGCUGCUCCUACCACAAGUACUACAACAGCAGCUCCUACAACAUGUACUACAACGGCAGCACCAACCACAAGUACUACAACAGCUGCUCCAACUACAAGCACUACAACAGCUUUUCCUACCACAAGUACUACAACAGCUGUUUUUACCACAAGUACUUACUAUAACAGCUGCUCCACUAAAAGCACUACAACAGCUGCUCCUACCACAAGUACUACAACAGCUCUUCCUACCAAAAGUAAUACAACAGAUCCUCCUACCACAAGUACUACAAUGGUAGCACCAACAACAAGUACUACAACAGCUGCUCCUAAGACAAGUACUACAACGGCAGCUCCAACCACAAAUAAUGCAACAGCUGCUCCUAUCGCAAGUAGUACAGCAGCUGCCCCUACCACAAGUACUACAACAGCUGCUCCUACCACAAGUACUACAAUAUCUGCUUCUACCACAUGUUCUACAACGGUAGCACCAACCACAAGUAAUACAACAGCUCCUCUUACCACUAGUACUACAAGAGCUGCUCCUAACACAAGUACUACAACGGCAGAUCCAACCACAAGUACUACAAUAGCUGCUCCUAACACAAGUACUACAAUAUCUGCUUCUACCACAUGUUCUACAACGGUAGCACCAACCACAAGUACUACAACAGCUCCUCUUACCACUAGUACUACAACAGCUGCUCCUAACACAAGUACUACAACGGCAGAUCCAACCACAAGUACUACAAUAGCUGCUCCUAACACAAGUACUACAAGGGCAACUCCAACCACAAGUACUGCAACAGCUGCUCCUAUCGCAAGUACUAACAUAGCUGCUCCUAAAACAAGUACUACAACAGCUGCUCCUACCAAAAGUAGUACAACGGCAGCUCCAACCACAAGUACUGUAACAGCUGCUCUAACUACAAGCACUACAACAGCUGCUCCUACCACAAGUACUACAACAGCUGCUUUUACAACAAGUACUACAACAGAUCCUCCUACCACAAGUACUACAAUGGUAGCACCAACAUCAAAUACUACAACAGCUGCUCCAACUACAAACACUACAACGGCAGCUCCAGCCACAAGUACUACAACGGCUGCUCUUACCACAAGUAUUACAACAGCUGCACUAACUACAAGUUCUACAACAUCAGCACCAACCACAAGUACUACAACAGCUGCUCCUACCACAAGUACUACAACAGCUGCUUUUGCCACAAGUUCUACAACGGUAGCACCAACCACAAGUACUACAAAAUCUCCUCUUACCACAAGUAUUACAACAGCUGCUCCUAACACAAGUACUACAACGGCAGAUCCAACCACAAGUACUACAAUAGCUGUUCCUAACACAAGUACUACAACGGCACUUCCAACCACAAGUACUACAACACGUGCUCCUACCACAAGUACUGCAACAGCUAAUCCUAUCGGAAGUAUUACAACAGCUGCUCCUACCACAAGUACUACAACAGCUGCUCCUACCACAAGUACUACAACAGCUGCUUUUACCACAAGUACUACAACAGAUCCUCCUACCACAAGUACUACAACGGUAGCACCAACCACAAGUACUACAACAGCUGCUCCAACUACAAGCACUACAACGGCAACUCAAACCAAAACUCCUACAACAAGUACUACAACGGCAGCACCAACCACAAGUACUACAACAGAUGCUCCAACUAUAAGAACUACAACAGCUGCUCCUACCACAAGUACUACAACAGCUGCUUUUACCACAACAACUACAAGUACUACAACAGCUGCACCAACCACAAGUACUUCAACAGCUGCUCCUACCACAAGUACUACAACAUGUGCUUCUACCACAAGUUCUACAACGGUAGCACCAACCACAAGUACUACAACAUCUCCUCUUACCACUAGUACUACAACAGCUGCUCCUGACACAAGUACUACAACGGCAGAUCCAACCACAAGUACUGCAAUAGCUGCUCCUAACACAAGUACUACAACGGCAGCUCCAACCACAAGUACUGCAACAGCUGCUCCUAUCGCAAGUACUACAAUAGCUGCUCCUACCACAAGUAGUACGACGGCAGCACCAACAACAAGUACUACAACAGCUGCUCCACUGCUCCAACAUACAAACAUUACAACGGCUGCUCCAACCACAAGUACUACAACGGCUGCUCUGACCACAAGUACUACAACAGCUGCACUAACUACAAGUACUACAACAUCAGCACCAACCACAAGUAAUACAACAGCUGCUCCUACCACAAGUACUACAACAGCUGCUUCUGCCACAAGUUCUACCACGGUAGUACCAACCACAAGUACUACAACAGCUCCUCUUACCACAAGUACUACAACAGCUGCUCCUAACACAAGUACUACAACGGCAGAUCCAACCACAAGUACUACAAUAGCUGCUCCUAACACAAGUACUACAACGGCAUAUUACAACAGAUCCUCCUACCAGAAGUACUACAACGGUAGCACCAACCACAAUACUACAACAGGUGCUCCUACCACAUGUGCUGAAACAGCUGCUCCUAUCGCAAGUACUACAACAGCUGCUCUUACCACAAGUACUACAAGUACUAAAACAGCUGCUCCAACUACAAGUACUAAAACAGCUGCUCCAACUACAAGUACUACAACAGCUGCUCCUACCACAAGUACUGCUACAGGUGCUCCUACCACAAGUACUGCAACAGCUGCUCCUACCACAAGUACUACAACAGCGACUCCUACCACAAGUACUACAACAGCUGCUCCUACCACAAGUACAACAACGGCAGCAUCAACCACAAGUACUACAUCGGCUGCUCCUACCACAAGUACUACAACAGCUGCACCAACUAGAAGUUCUACAACAGCAGCACUAACCACAAGUACUACAACAGCUGCUCCUACCACAAGUACUACAUCAGCUGCUUCUGCCACAAGUUCUACAACGGUACCACCAACCACAAGUACUACAACAGCUCAUCUUAACACAAGUACAACAACAGCUGCUCCUAACACAAGUACUACAACGGCUGCUUUUACCACAAGUACUACAACAGAUCCUCAUACCACAACGGUAGCACCAACCACAACUGCUUCUACCACAAGUUCUACAACGGUAGCACCAACCACAAGUACUACAACAGCUGCUCCAACAACAAGCACUACAACAGCUGCUCCUAACACAAGUACUACAACGGCAGCUCCAACCACAAGUACUGCAACAGCUGCUCCUAACGCAAGUCCUACAACGGCAGAUCCAACCACAACUCCAACUACAAGCACUACAACGGCAGCACCAGCCACGAGUACUACAACAGCUCUUCCUACCACAAGUACUACAACAGCUGCUCCAACUACUAGUACUAAAGACUGA